AAAAUGUUCAGUUGCAAAACCUAAUUUAAUUUCCUGUCGCUUAUUUAAGACUCUUUCAAAGGUCGAUGGCAACAUGACAAUUCUCUCUCAGUCCAGAACAUGUAACAUAGAAGACUUAAAGAAUAUCCAAACGCUUUCAAAAUCCAAAGUUUUCCAAAACCAGAUCCAUUAUGGAUGUAUGGAGCUUACCUGAAGAAUCGAAGCUUGAUAAUGAGACGCUGUUAAUGCUUGAAAACAAAAUUGUUUCAACUACUCUUCCUGUGGUUUACUCAAUAUUGGUUUUAAUCAGCAUUCCGGGGAAUCUGUUAUCCCUUUGGAUUUUGAUAUUCCAUUCCAAACCCAUUACAUCUUCUAUAAUCCUCAUGAUCAAUCUGAGUCUUACAGACUUUGUCCUUGCAAUAUUUCUUCCAUUCCAAAUCAUCUAUAACAUCAACAACAAUCACUGGAUAUUUGGGACAUGGCUUUGCAAUAUAGUGUCUGUGCUAUUUUAUGCAAACAUGUACAUUUCCAUCUUGACCAUCAUGUCAAUUAGCAUUGAGCGCUACUUGGGUGUUGUCCAUCCAAUGAAGGCAAGUACAUGGAGGAGAAAAAGAUACGCAGUUGCUGCCAUUUGUUUUAUUUGGAUAUUUACCUUGGCUUUGUUGUAUCCACUCAUAUCUACAGACCUGACCUAUGAAGUGAAGCAUUUAAAUAUAACCACUUGCUUUGAUAUACUUAAGUGGAAUAUGCUACCAAAUCUAGUGUAUUGGGCAAUUUUUAUUGGUGGCCUUUUUAUGUGUUUAUUUUUAAUUCCUCUAAUUGUGACUGUCGUCUGCUAUGUUUGCAUAAUAUGGACACUUGUUAAGUGUUCAAAUAGACGCGGGACAGGUCAAGAGAAACGCUCGAUAAAACUCGCUAUCAUGGUCCUUGUUGUAUUCGUCACGUGUUAUGCCCCAAACAAUUUUAUCCUCUUAAUACACACUAUUUGUCGAUUAUUCUAUUACAAAAGCUACUACCAUGCUUAUAAACUCACACUUACCUUGAGCUGCCUGAGUAGUUGCCUGGAUCCUUUUCUUUAUUAUUUUGCUUCUAAAGAUUUCUACAAAAAAGUCUUGGAGGUAUGGAAUAGAAGCUUCAAGAGAAAUAAAAGCUAUGAGGGGCGACGCGGCAGCUUAUUCUCAGCGACCUUCUCAAAUGAACAAGUGGAAGCCCUUGAAAAUGGAAAUGGUCAUAAACAUAACCUUCAGCAAAGUGAUCUAUAGACUGUGUUACAAGACUUUCUGAAUGAGCUCUUAAGUCAUAUUUUACAUUUAAUUAUCAAGCAAGCAUUUAUAUUUAUGUACAGAAGAAAAAGAUGUGUCAUUUAUGAACGUCAUGAGUGGAAAUAGUAGUAGGGUUGAAAACUACUGGGAGCAAAGAACAAAGCACUUUAAAAAUGUGGCUAUGCUAUGACAUUGAAAAUUACUUUAUGAUCAAAAUAGGAACUGGGGCAAAAUGUAUAUAAAUGUAUAAAGGUAAUUUGGCUUGAGUAAACAAACAUACUCUAGUGCUUUUUUGUAUACGGUAUAUGUACAAGAUGCUUUAUCGGUAUUUAUCUUACACUGAAUAUACUGCUUUAUAUUCUAUUUUGCAUUAAAAAAACAAUGUUUGACUGCACUCAGUUUAUCAUUUGAGAACACUUUGUAAAGCACUUAAAUCCCCAUUACCUGUAGAAUUUUGUUUUUCCUGUUCACUAUCUACCAUUGGACAAAAUUAUUUUAUGUUCAAAUGUAAAUAAAAUACAUUUAUC